GAUCAGAUAGCCAGAGAGGAGCCAGACGAGGAAGUGAAGAGGAGGGACCAGAGUAGCAGUGGCGUGGUGUGUGUGCGGAGAGAAGAGUUUAUUCUAGCUUCUCCCGAUGCCUCCAGCGCUGAGGAAUCAGAGGAUCUCUGCACUUCUGCAUUUUAUUUUAACCCGAACGCAGUAAUGUGCGCUGAAGACGCACGACUGCAGCGCUGACUUUUUUUUUUUUUAGCGCGCUGUCUUUUUAAGAAAGUUCCACACCUUUGCUGUCAAUGUGAGCACAGGUAGUUCCGAGGAUCCCGGAAGAACUUGUAGUGCAGGUUGCCAGGUUGUUAGGAAAGCCUGUACUUUCAUUGCAAAGCGAGAAAGCGCCCAUGGACUUCUUAACCUUACCUAAAAAAGUAGCUAUCCUCGCGUAAAGUUUCUUCGUUAAACGUAAAUGAACGAAAAGAAGAUGAAGGAGCUAAAGAAGAAGAAGCUGUACGUGGUGAUAGACGUGCUGUGUGUUAUAGUCGCGGCUCUGCCCUUCCUCAUCAUGACCAUCGUGUUUAAGCCUUACCAAAGAGGGGUUUAUUGUGAUGAUGAGAGCAUCAUGUACCCUCUUAAACCAGACACCAUCACACACGUCAUGCUGGCAGCGGUCACCAUCUCCUGCACUGUCAUCAUUAUCUGCUCUGGAGAGGCUUAUCUGGUCUACAGCAAAAGGGUUUACUCCAAUUCUGACUUCAACCAGUACUUAGCUGCUCUCUACAAAGUAGUGGGCACCUUUGUGUUUGGAGGAGCUGUUAGUCAGUCACUUACAGACCUUGCUAAGUUCACUAUCGGCCGCCCAAGACCAAACUUCAUGGCCGUGUGUGCCCCCAAGGUCUGCACGGGAUAUAUGCAGGUGAUCAACUGCACAGGGAGGCCUCAGGACGUCACAGAGUCCAGGUUGUCCUUCUAUUCUGGUCACUCCUCUUUCGGGAUGUACUGCAUGCUUUUCCUAGCACUGUACGUGCAGGCCAGACUAGCGGCCAAGUGGGCCAGACUUCUCCGACCCACCAUCCAGUUCUUCCUGGUGGCCUUUGCGGUGUAUGUGGGUUACACCCGAGUCUCUGAUUACAAGCAUCACUGGAGCGACGUGCUGAUGGGGCUGCUGCAGGGAGCACUUGUUGCUGUACUCAAUGUGCGUUAUGUGUCAGACUUCUUCAAGAAGCGUCCUCCACGUUGCACCAGGAAAGAGACAGCUGAUAGCGAAGAGCCGGAGAGGAAACCCAGCCUACAAAUAGCAGACUCUGACCAUGGCAACCAUUACAACUAUCACCACAAUCCAGGCCCAGUUUGAUCGGGCUCAUCACUGGGGGAACAAAGGUUGCAGGCUGCAGACCCUAAACCUGUGUGAAAGGGUCCCAACUCUGGGCCUAAAGCUUCAUUUUGAAGUCAACAGUAGUCAUCUGCUUUCCUGACUUGGCUGCAGGCUCCUGAUGUUAAGUGAGAAGUUCAUUUUAAUAGCGUUUUUAUUAGUUCUGCUUCCAGGCUUAGUAUAUUUGUUGAAAGGAGUUAAACUAGGAUUUGGUCUGCAGCUUGUAGUCUCAAAGCUCCCAAUUCCCUCCCCCUGCAUCAACCACUCACACCAUACCCCUAUUUCCCAACCACUGGACUGACUAGAUGGGUAUGAAUUCCAUCACAAGGGGCUGGAGCCCCCUCUUAGAGACACCAAAAUGACCUCCUUUUCUCCUGUAAGAGAGAGAGGAGCAUAUUAUUUCUAAGACAUCAUUGUUGAUGUUGAAGUGUACGUACUUAAAGCUGCAUUAAAUGAAAGACUCUGAACCCACAGCAACAAAGCUUUGACAGAUUGAGAUACACUAAGUGCUUGUGGCUGAUGUAUGUUAGUGGACAAGCUACAUGCAGCAGAAACAGAGGAACAUGUGAUUCUCUAUAUGAGUCAUGUCCUGCCAACUGACAAAUGCAAUACUUGUCUCUAUGUGCCUUUAUGCCGCCACCACCCCCAAAGAAAAAUGUGCUUUCUUUGCAUUGAUACAUGCUUCACUUUUUUUAUUUGGCAAUUGUUAAUUUUCCGCUCUGUUUUCCAGUGAGUAUACAAGCUGUUUCCUACACUUUGUUUGUAGCAUUGACUGUCUAUAAUUAUGGAUGACAUGUCCCCACCUCCUCCGGUUGCACAAAAGUGAAGCCGAAAUGAACCCUCUCAGCUGGUGAAGAUGAAAUUGUGCAUUUAGGGCCCGAGUUUGAUAUCCUGCUCCUUUUUGAUACCAAAAUAUAGUGGCCAACAAGACUAACCAAUCUGCAGUGACCUUAAUGAUCUUCAUUUAGAGAUACGUGCUGGAGAUUCAGGAACAAUGCAAAGUCAUAGACGCAUGCCUCAGUCCAAAACAAGCGUAACAACAGAAACUCAUUCACAAAAAGUGCUACAACCAAAACAACCUUAUUAACGAAUACACAGAUGAUGCAAACACAAAUUAAAAAAAACAUUUAAAAGAAAAAUGCAAAAAAUUGAGACAUGUUAAUAAAAGUGCUCCAGGCCUCCUGACGCAUAUUCGAACAUUUUGUUAGUGGAGUGAGCUAUUUUUCCCAUUAAAGUUUUUUUUAAACUGGAACAGAUUUAUUGUUCAGAUGGGAGUGGUUCGUAGUUGACAGGGAGUAACGUUAAAAUAAUAGUAGCCGUAGGACUAACUGGGCUAACACACACUCUGUUUAGAGCCUUACAGCGACGGUGUCAGCUAAAGUUGCAUUUUGACCAAGAGUUCCGGGGUCUUUUAGCCCCCAGAACUACUUUCCUCGGAACUAAAAGGUUCCUGUGCCCCCAUUGUUGUCUGCGUUUCGACCGCGAGCUGAAGUCCCGGGUAGAUUGUGCAAAUCAGGCCCCUGACGUAUGGAGAACGAUAUUGAAUAAUAUUUUGAACUCUUGAUAAAAAACUAAACUAGUAUGCAUUCUCAGGAACUUCCUGUGUUUCAACAACUGUGUAAACAAAAACCGUUACAUUCAACUGAAAGUAACAGGACCUUUGAAAAAUACCCAAGCAGGGGCUUUUCAGGGGGGAGAUUAUAUACCCCUGAACUAAAUUUAGACCCUGGUUCCUCCGGUCGAAACGCAUGUAGUUCAAGGGUAAAGUCCCUAGUUCCGGGGUAGAGUUCCUGCGGUUGAAAAACGCCUUAAUAGUACUUCUAGCUACAUAGCUAGCUGUCCAUUAGUGACAGUUUGUCAAUAAAAGUGGUGUUUGUUUUUUUUAUAAGUUUGCCACCUUGUCUUACUCACGCUCUCGAUGGUAACAAAAAAUUCCACCAAGUGUGGCCGGAAGCUUUGAGUACUUCUUUUGUAAUGUUAUUUUGCAGUGUUUUUGUUUGAUGUUUUAUGGGUGUGGGUUGCAGCAUGUUAGCUGAUCAGGCUGUUGGUUGGUCUUUUUGUGUCCAUUUUUCUCUUUUGCCAUUGCUUUUGAUUUGGACUUCAUUUAUGAGGUUGCUUCGUUUGUGAAUUUGUAAUGUCUCCAAACAAAAUUCAUUAAUUAUGGCCAUUGCAGAUUAGUUAGCCUUUUCAGCAACUGUACAAAAUGUGCAAAAAUGUGCAAAAUUGAACUCACCGAGAACAAGGCAAAGAUCCCUCCGGUCAACACAGUCUUUAGCAGAAUACAUUCUAUUGUUUUGGUUUGGAGAAGUCCAAUGACUCUUGUGUUAGCUUGCAAACAGUGCUGAGAAAGAAAUGGGAAAUCUAGAACUGGGUGUUCAUUUUAAGUGAGAUGGCAAUACUAGCAACUAUUUAAAUCAUCAGGAGUUCUCUGAUUUUUAUGGAGAUUUAAUAAUGUUAAUGUAUGUUUUAUAGUUUCUAUAUUUAGACAAUUUAGAGGAAGAGAGACACAAAUGUUUAUAGGUAAGAGUAAAGGCACAGUUUGGAUAAGCUUCACUUGGCUCCAACUAGACGAGUGUUGCAAGUAAGAAAUCUUAAAUUGAAAUGGCAACCAGAUCACAGAGGAUGAGGUGGAAUUUCCUCCACUUGUAAUGUCAUCAUGUUGGCUCCCAAACUAAAUAUGCCAGCUUCAGGCCACCCCAAAGCUGCUUUGAAAGGAGAUGUGCUGUUUAUUGACUUCACCAUGAGCCAAACUAGAAGCAUCAUUCACGUGUUAUCCUGUAUUACAUGACAAAUUGUUUCUGCCUGCCACACAAACAGGUCUGAGAAUUUCCUCUGACAAACAAUGUCAUGUUUUUAAAAGUGACUAUACAGGCUUGUCUAGCCUGGUUACUCACACUAUUUAAAUCAACUCUCAUUCACUACCAGUGGAUUUUUACGCCCAGCUGUCACUCUUACAGGUAUCUCCCAAGUGUCAUGUUGUAUAACUAAAUCGUAUCAUACCUUUUGACAGUGCCGGCUAGUCUUAUUCAGCGUCUAGUGUUGUGAUGCUGUUCUGAAAUGUAUGCAUUUAAAUGUGGAUUUUUUUUUAAUGAGGUUUCCCCCUGUGUUCAAAGGACUGCAGAGGUAGAAACCAUUGGUGCAGAUUGCUUUAUCCUCUGCUGGAGUCUGUGAGUCAUACCACUACUAUAUUGCCAAUCAAAUAUUAAGAAAUAUGGCCUCCAUCUUUUUUUAAUCUUUUUUUUCCCUAAAAUAAUACUAAUCAAAGAAGGAUACGACUACCAUUUUGAAAAUGGUGUUUAAUUUAUUUUAAAAAGAAGAAGUUCUUUAUUUACUCUUUUAAAGUUGGAGCGCUGUUAUGGUUUUUGUGCAAUCACCCCUGCUUGCCACUAUGAGCCACAAGUACUGUAUAUACUAGUGCUAUAAGAAAUGUUUCAUGUCCCGUGAAGGAUGUAUAUAAAUAUGCUUGUAUGGUUUUUUUUUUUAUCACGUGUAGGUACAGUUCAUUUUAAUUUCACCUGUACAGUGUGCUUUGGCCCGGGCCUUCUCACAGUGGUGCCAUACAAACGGAUCAAAUUCCAGGUCCAAACAUAAGCCAGAUGCCUUGGCAGGGCUUUUAAAGGGCUGUUGUAAUGAUAACAAGUUACAAACUUUGCUGUGUUUUUGAAGUUUGUAACACUGCUCCGUUCCCACUUCAAAGUUCCAUCUGUGUUCCUUUUUCCCUUCCUGCGCUGAUAGAUGGGGCUAAUUUGCGAAUAAGAUCUCCCGUACAGUUCUUGUACAACGUGCAGACCCUGAGGACUGACAACACAUCAGACAGACCGCAAACCUGAUAGGGGGGUAAGACGGGAAGACGGACAGAAUCUCACCUGGUAGUGAUUGUGAAGCCCUGAAGCUGAGCAGGGACUGGAGCAAGGUGGGGUAAUUUAAGAGGGUGGGUUAUGGGGUAUCCUAUGGUGAACCUUGGUCCCUGUGGACCUCUACACAUUUUAAACACAUUUUCAACAAGAAGCAGCUGGAACUGGUUGUGGUAAAGUGCCUUGCGAGCCCUCUGCCCUGAUCCCCUACAUCGAAAUCAUGUGUGCAGCACUGCUGCCAGACUAACAGCCCAAAUGAGGAUGUAGAAACGUCAUGGUGUUUGAUUCCCCUCCAGCGUCACGGAAACCGAGAGGUUCUCAGCUGGUGAUGUGGCUCCAUGUGUUAUUAUGCUUCUUUGAAAUAGUGCAUUAAACUAGGCACUUGUUGUCCAAUCUCCUGUUUAUAUGUCCACUUGUAGGUAUAAUUCAUUUAGCUUUUUUUGUAUAUAGAUUAUGUCAUUAGGCUCGACACCAGAUGAUUUUAAAUAAAGAUAUAACCCACAUAAAGUCAUGUUGUUUUGUUUUAAUGGACACAUACACGUCACUGAGGUUUUGAUGGAGUUAUUCUGGGCUCUCUAAAUUGUUGAUACAGGGUUUUAAGUUUGUCUACAGGACUCGAUACAUGGUGAAUAAACCAUAGACGGUAUGGACAUGCUCUCUGUGACAUCACCCAUUAGUUUCUGGAGAUGUGUUAUGAAGCCAUGGGAUGUUGGUUGCCAUAUUGGAAAUGCUGACUCCAACUAGCACUUGGCUAAGUAAGAAACUGGCUGUGAGAGGGAGUUUAGGUCAUAGCCUUGCCACUUGGGAUAAAUAAGCCAAUCACUUUAUUAUGCCUUAGUAUACAUAAACUCUCAGCAUUAAAACAAACACAACGUACAAGCUUUUAUAAAAAGCACUUCCCUUCAGUUGUCACAAAUGAAGAAAUUAGAAUUAAUAGACACUAGCACUGUUUUUUCAACCAGGCUGUAAACAUAUUCAGUUCUGGUGUCCAAAAAUAAAACAAGGUAUUUUUAGUAUGAGUUCUUCUGGGGAUUCUUUGGUAUCUGAAGCCAGCCUCAAGUAGAUACAGUUUCAUACUGCAGUUUUUUUCACUUGAUCAUGAGCUUUAUUUGUCAACACUGGAUACUGAUACUUGUGAAAGGCAUGUGCCCUGCGUAAAGUAGUCACUAUAAUGUAAUAAACUACUCCUUCUUUCA